UUCUGCAGAAAAAUCACACAUAAAAAUAGCAGAAAAGAAAAAGAAAAGAAGAAACCCUAACCAUGCGAUUAGGUUUGGGAUUGGGAUUGAAAUUGAAUUGAAGCAAAGGGAUUGUUGAAAUUUCAGCAUUCAGGUAAAUUGGGGAAUCGAAAGUAAUGGGGGGUGAGGAUGCUGACGGGGAUAAAAGUAAGCAAUGGUCGUCUCCAAACAGGGAUUAUAAAGGGAAACAGGAAGACCCCAAACUUUGGGGGAUUUUCCUCUUUGGCUUAAUUGGCGCCACUGCCACCACUUUCGCUGUUAGUCAGCUGAGGAGGUCUGUUGAUUGGAUAUAUACUCAGUUAGCCAGGUCACAAUCAUCACAGAGAGGAGGUUCUUUUCGAACAUCCUUUCAGGGGGAAGCAUGGAGGAGGUAUAAUCGUCGAAUGCAAGAAGAGUAUGAGGAAGAAAUGGAGAGAGUGGAGCGAAUAAGGCGCAUGCAAAGUGUGUUUAACAGGGAGCGAAAUAAAUACAAAAGGAGCUAUGAGAGCUGGAAGGAAAAUGGACCCGGUGCUUAUCAUCAGCACUUCCAGCGAGAUGAUUGGUAUUGGAAGGCAGAAGCAUCUUACAGAGAUCAAAGGACCAAUUACAGGCCACCUCAAAGAGAUAGCGCAAGCUAUCCAUUAUCACAUCACUACUCAGUUUUAGGUCUUGACAGGGCCAGAACAAAACCAUAUACAGAAGAUGAGAUUAAGACAGCAUUCAGGGUGAAGGCAAAACAGUUCCACCCAGAUCAGAACCAGGACAAUAAAGAAGUUGCUGAGGCCAAAUUUAAAGAGGUAAUGUCCUCCUAUGAAGCUAUAAAAGAAGAAAGGAAGAACAUGAGGGUAUAAAAACCUGGCUAAUUCUCUGAAAGAUUUGGGAAUGAAGAGCUAGAAUAGGGAUGUAGAAAUUCAAAACCCUAUACUUAUACCUUUACUUUUCGGUUGGAGAGUUCACACUCAUUGCUGCCGAUCUUUUUUUUUUCCUUUGGAAUUAACUGAGUUUAUGCGGAUGUUGUAUCUCUAGGCUGUUACUGAGGGAUGGAUGAUGAUUUUUUGUUUUGCAUGCAUAAUACAGUGGGGAAUGGUAAUGUAUUUAUAAGGGCAUGAUACCAUGCUUCUAAAUCCCUCAGUUGGAAUUUCUUUGAUUCAUGCAGAGAGAAAUCAUGAUUUUGUUUGUUUAUAUCUUUACUCCAAAUUUCUCUGAUGAAAGUAUGUCAAAUUUCUUGGUAAUUUUAUCAUAAAACUGUGUUAGUACGAAUUUAAUAUCAAGUCAAUUUUAAUUUCUUGAAGAAAAUAGCAUAUUUCGUCAUUAUUAUGGUUGAAUCUGAGAUGAAAGUCAAUUUUAAUCAGAGAAUUCUUCGUUGUUGUUUUAACGAAGAGAUGAUCCAACGAGGCGAUUGGGGUUGGCAAAGGCAUAAUGUUACUCAUUCAUUCACUGUCUUCUGCCCAUCUUGUGCCCAUGGAGUAUU